AUGUACACACAAAGACCCAAUUUGUACUUAUGGUUUAGAGCUCCGACGAUGAAUCACCCCGGUUUCGCCAUCCAAACCAACCAUAGGAACCGGUUAAUUCUUCCGACGAGAUGCUCACCACCAGAUCUCAGCCAUUCGAUUCUUGGUUUAACCCAUUUACCCUCCCAAGCUGAAGUCAAACGCGACUUCAUACGUCUUGCUCCUAAGUAUCAUCCAGAUGUGCACAAGGGACAGGAGAAGGAUUUCAAGGAGAUCAAAUCCACUUACAAGUUUAAUUUUUGUUUGAUGCAAAAGUUUGAGAAAGAAGAAGAAGAAGCGAUUACAGAUAUGGAUGAAAUCGAAGAGUGGGAAGAGUGGAUACCAAAAUGA